AUGGCUCGGAAGGGUAAUCAACAAAAGAAUGGGGUAGAUCGCCAGACAUCGAAGCACAAAAAGAAGGGUACAGAUUCAGGGUGUACGGUAGCGGAAACGAAAGGGCAAGGAAAAGCAAGUGAGGUGAAAGUGUUCCCCGGAGAAGAACUACCAAAUGGUGACCAGCCAAGCAGUCCUCUUUCAGCCAGUGGGAGUAAAACCAAUCAUCCUGGAGAUGAGAAUAAAAGCAAACAAAAAUCUGGAAAGCUUUUGAGGAAAGAUAAGCAAGGUAUGGAUGCAAUGCGGGGUCCAGAGGAGGCAAUGUCUUUAGGGAGUGAUUCAGGAGAUUGCAAUGGAAACAAUGAAGCUCCAAGCACUAGAGAAGAAAAUGGGGCAUUACCUCGGAGUGACUUACGCCGUAAACAAACAAAAAGAAAAUUUGGGUCCUCCCUCAAACGGUGGCAUAUGAAAACUUUGCUGAGUCGGGUAGAGUUUUCAGACAGCCUAUUGGUUAGAAAUUUGAAGGCAUCAACAUUGUCCUUCUUGAAGGUGGCUAGUGAAUGGCUGCAGAGGCACGAGCCUAUGUUUCUUACUGUCAAAAGUAACAUACUGAAUGCUCGCGAUUAUGUCAAUACAAAGUUUGAGCAGGCAUAUCCCAUUGUUCUGAAGUGGCUUAUGCAGUUUGGGAGCAUAUUGUUUCUUUUAUCAAUGGCUUGGUUGGAUUGUACCGUAAGGGGCAUCGAUAGCUUACUCCGGAUGGGGACAACAUCCUUCUUUUCCGUUAUAUGGUGCAGCAUUCUCUCAGUAGUUGCUAUGGUUGGGAUGUUUAAGUUUCUGAUUGUGUUGGUCUUCGCUGCUCUGAUUGGACUUUUCAUUGGCUUCAUGCUUUCGAUUUUGGUGGUUGCGAUUUCUGGAGCUAUUUUCUUGUGGUUCUAUGGAAGCUUUUGGACAACAGCACUUGUAAUCUUCUUGGCAGGUUUGGCAUUCACACUGAGCCAUGAGCGUGUUGCCCUGUUCGUCGCCACUGUUUAUUCCAUUUAUUGUGCUUGGACAUAUGUUGGAUGGCUGGGUUUGCUUAUAGGGUUGAAUUUAUCUUUUAUCUCAAGUGAUUGUCUGAUUUAUUUCUUAAAGAACAAUGUAAAUCAGCAGAGAAGACCCACCGGAUUCCCUGAACAAGCAUCUGGAAUGCAAGGUCAACCAGGCUUUUUUAACGGUGAGCAGGAGCAUGCUUCAUCCUCUGAAAAUGGGCCAUGGUUUUCUGCUGAUCGUAGCCCUGGAGUACCUUCAACCAGUGGGGCUGAUUCUGAGAUAACCUCUGAAGAUGAAGUAGUUCGGCUGCUAAACUGUACUGAUCACUAUUCAGUGUUGGGAUUGUCCCGGUUUGAGAAUAUAGAUGUUUCUUUACUGAAGCGGGAGUAUAGGAAAAAGGCAAUGUUGGUCCAUCCCGAUAAAAAUAUGGGAAAUGAAAAGGCUGCUGAAGCUUUCAAGAAACUUCAGAAUGCAUAUGAGGUUUUACUUGAUUCAUUGAAGCGAAAAGCAUAUGAUGACGAAUUAAGGAGAGAGGAACUGCUGAACAUUUUCCGUAGAUUUCAAAGUGCUUCACAAAAGAAUGGAGGACACGGUGUCUUUCCUUCUGGAUUUGCACACCCGGAAGCUGAUGGUGAGGACCCAUUUGGAGAUUCUAGGCGGAUUGCCUGCAAUAAGUGUGGCAACUUUCAUGUCUGGGUACUCACUAGGAAGUCAAAAUCUCAAGCACGAUGGUGUCAGGAUUGCAAGGAUUUGCAUCAAGCAAAAGAUGGUGAUGGGUGGGUUGAACAAUCUUCCCAACCCUUCUUCUUUGGAUUUUUGCAGAAGGUAGAUGUUCCAUCCGCAUAUGUUUGUGCAGAUAGCAAGAUAUAUAAUGCUACCGAGUGGUAUAUAUGCCAGGGAAUGAGAUGUCCAGCCAACACUCACAAGCCAAGUUUUCAUGUGAACACUAGUGUGACCUCCAAGCAUAAUACUGGAAAGGGAGCAAGUUCAGGACAAAGAGGAGGCCGGAUGCCGGCAUCUAUGGAAGAGAACAUGACAGAGGAAGAAUUCUUUGAGUGGUUACAGAAUGCAGUGCAAACAGGCAUGUUUGAAAAUUUUAGUGCCGGCACCUCCACUGAGAGCCCAUCUGCCAAAUCUGGAAAUGGUACCACCAAGAGUAGUAGUGGCAGCAACAGUGGCAGUGCUAACAAGAGGAAGAAAAAGGGAAAGAAGCAAUGGGCACCUAAUUAA